UCAACGUCCAAGGGCCUCGGCCCGAUGACCUUGAGUCUUCUCUAUAUCUUCCAUACAUAUAUCGUCGACAAUUUACCAGUAGCUCUUAAACCCUAAUUUUUUCCUUCAAUUUUUGCAGUCGUUGCAUUAAAACCCUACCUUUCUUUUUCAUCUAAAAUGACAGGAGAAGCUGUGAAUCCUAAAGCCUAUCCUUUAGCCGAUGCGCAGCUUACAAUUACCAUUCUUGAUCUUGUUCAGCAAGCUGCUAACUACAAGCAGCUCAAGAAGGGUGCAAAUGAAGCCACUAAGACGCUGAAUAGAGGGAUUUCCGAGUUUGUAGUGAUGGCUGCGGACACUGAGCCACUUGAAAUUCUUCUCCAUCUUCCCUUGUUGGCUGAAGAUAAGAAUGUGCCUUAUGUAUUUGUCCCUUCAAAGCAAGCUCUUGGCCGAGCAUGUGGAGUCACGAGACCUGUAAUUGCAUGUUCUGUAACAACAAAUGAGGGAAGCCAAUUGAAAUCUCAAAUACAACAACUGAAGGAUGCCAUUGAGAAGCUGUUGAUCUGAAAUGUUAUAUUCUAUAAUAUGGCAUUCGGUAUGAUGGGCUUCUUUGAUCGUCAUGGUCACUGCUCUGGAGGCUUUGACUGAAGUUGUUGUGCAAUUAGGGAAAAAAUGUCUUGGUAUUAACCUAUAUAUGGAGCUUCUUCUUUUUAAUUUUGUUUCCAUUAAGAGUGGGACAAAACACUCGUACAAUUUAAUGACAGUUUAAGCUAAUGUUUCUUUAUGAGUUUGCCUAU